AGCGUGUAUCCACACGACGGACCAAAUCCGUCUUUUCCGCGGCGGACGGCGCGUCACGUGACCCCACGUCACGGAUUUCCGCCAUCCGUGCCGCGUCCGCGGACGUCGCGGACGGAAAAUGCCACGCUCUUUUUCGCAAACGGAUUCCCGCGGAAAAACACGACAAAUUUAGCGGAGGACGCCAAUACUAGUGUGGCAACAAGCGCUUAUUUUUCUGUUUCUCGUGUGGUUUCGUAAAUUUAGCCGACGAAGUUAUAAGGGUCUGGCAACAGGCACGUUUUUUUUUUUCUGCUCGUCUUGUUUGGGUUUUUGCGUGGGAAGUACGUUCGACGCACACUACCGCAAACAACUCCAACUAUGAACUUGAGCGACGACGCAACUUUUUUUCUGCUGCGCCUUGUUGAGCAGUUCCCCGCAUUGUGGGAUAUGACACUCGCCGAGUACGCGGACACAACAGUGAAGGAGAGUAUAUGGGAACGCAUAGCGAAGGAAAUGAACGAGGAGUGGCCUGCGUACGGGCCGUACGAUGCCAAAGCCCUUCGGCGCUUCUUUGACAAUAAGAGACGCACAUACCGGUUGGAGAAGAAGAAAGUAGAAUCCACAAAGAGUGGAAUGCCAAGCUCGGACGUUUAUAAAGGUCGCUGGCGCUUUUAUAAUUCACUCAGGUUUUUGGAUGCUUCAAAAGUGACCUGUUGGCGUUCUGUGAGCACUGAUGCAUGCCAAGCUGCGGCGGAGACCAUGAAGGUACGACCAGACAUUGAUGAUCCUUCACAAACCUCAGACGAUGCAGCUGCAGCGACUGACGACCAAAACAUUACCGUGGACGACCCAAUUGCGGGCAAGGCACUCUCUGCAAUGUCCCGCCAAGGAACACAGAAGAAAAGGCGCCGAUCUCCCCAUCGUUUAGAUGAAAUAUUGGCCCAACGGCAAACUGUGUUGGAAAAAAUAGCUGCAAGCGUAGGCCAACCAGCGAGUACCACACAGCAGGAAGAUGAUAUCGACUAUUUUGGUAAAGUUGUUGCUGCACACAUGCGCGAGGUUCCGAAGGAUAAGCUGAUCCCAUGCCAGAAGGCUAUCUUAAGCGCACUUGAAAUCUACAUCAACAAAAGCGAGUAAGAAAGCUCAACAGAUCUCAUUUAAUAUUGCCAGUUAAUAAAUCGUUGCUUACCUCCAG